AUGGAUAAGGCGAACAAGUCUUAUGGGGAAAUAGAAGAGAUUUUAGAUGACGUUGAGCAGAGGUUUAAGCAGAUCAAGAAAUUUGACUUACUUCCUCAUCCUCCCUAUGAUCACCACUUUUUAACGUAUGACAGAAAUUUCAAGAACAUGGUAUCGGGAAGCACCUUUCACCAAAGGAUCGAAAACGAAUGGUUUUCGUUGGAGAACAAACUUCCAAGUUCCGUUCUUGUUAGGUCUUAUGAGAAGAGGAUUGAUCUUAUGAGAGCAGUCUUAGUUGGUCCACCCGAUACCCCUUAUGCCCAUGGCCUCUUCUUCUUCGACAUACUUUUUCCAAGAAAUUACCCCAAUUGUCCUCCAAGGAUUCACUACCAUUCUUAUGACCUUGACUUGAAUCCAUAUUUGGAUCCCAAGGGCAAGGUUUCCCUUAGCCUCUUGGAAUAUGGGAUCUCCGUGAGUAACUGGUACUGCGGUGUUCAAGACAAGUGGAAUCCACCAAAGUCAGACAUAUUGCAAGUGCUCACAGCUAUUCAAACUUCAGUCUUGAGUGCCAACCUCUUAAAUCCUGGUGGUAGAGAAGGUUUGCGAGAAUCCAACAACCUAGAAUGGCUCAAAUACAAGAAAGCCUUAACCUUGACAUGCAAGGGCAUGCUUUAUAUGCUGAGGGAACCCCCCUUGAACUUCCAAGAUUUUGUAGAGGGAUACUUUAGGACAAGAGGUCACUACAUUCUGUUGAACUACAAGAAGCAAAUGGAUGGCAGUGACUUCAUGCAUAAACUUUUCCUUGACCUCUACAGGGCAUUUGAACAGAAUGGAACCUAUUGCAAGCAUCAUCUUUCGGAAGUACUUCAAGGAGCGCACCUGCCUGAAAAGGAAAAGACCAACAAGAAAGGGUUUGUUAAGAAUGUUGCAACCAUAUUGAGUGACUUCCUAAACUGA